UGAGAAUAAACUUGAUCGUCAACAAUAGACGCGAAUAAUUAAACAACACAAGGACAUAUAGUCACAAAAAAUAGUGUAAAACCAGUAUAGAAAUGCAAAAAAUGCAAGUUAGAAGAUUAAACCAUCAUGACGUUUUCUUUAAAAAAAAUACGGUAAAAAUAUACAUGCAAAAAUGGACGAAAUCAGGUGCGAUUUAGUUUCAGUUCAGACGGAUUUGCCUGAGUCUAUAGAAACUGCUGUGAAUGACGGCGCUCAGGAAAAACCAUCAAAUCUUCAACAAAGUCGUGCGACCAUUAGUGAUAACGGAGACGCGACUAAAAAAAACAUUCCGCACGAGAACAAAUUGAAUCAAAAUCAGGACCCUAAAUUCUUAGGUCGAAAACUCGAAGAUUUGCAAACCCGACUAGAAGAAGGCCAACAAGACUACUUAUUUGAAGUAAAGGCUUCAAUAGAUCACAGCACACAAUAUCUGCAUAGUAAAAUAGAUAGAGUGGAAGCAACAGUCGAAGUAAUUCGGAACAACCAACAAAAGUGUACUGCGGACAUGAUAUCAAAAGUGCAAGACGAUUUUGAUUUAAAUUGCAAGGAGUUCCUUGACGUUUUAAUUGAGCACUACAGGAAUACGCAGAGUACCGUGUCGAUUUUACCGAUAUGGGACGGCCAUGAUAAACCCAUACAUACUGUAUUUGUGCAACCAAAAUUAAUUCAUAUAACAAUCGAAAACGAUGGAUCCCGACGAAAAACGGAGAAAGAAGUGCUUCAAUACAAAUAAUUAUUUUACAAAGGCAACACGCUCAAUAAGCGAGUAAUUCUACAAGGUGAGCCCGGGAUGGGCAAAACUACACUGCUAUCAAAGAUCGUGCUUAACUGGUGUGAGGCUGUAUCACCUGAAUCUCAGGAGAACAGUGCAAAUUGCAGUGAUUUGGAAACGUUGUAUGGGUUUAAAUUUCUUUUCCAUUUAUCUCUCAGAGAUUCGCCUGAAACAUUAGAGGUAGUAAAGAUGAUAAGAACACAACUAAUUGACAAAAUGUACGCAGAUGAAGAUGAACGUAAAGAGGUGUACAAACUACUUCAGCAUAUCAUGAAAAAAGAAAAAUGCAUCAUCUGUAUGGACGGGCUGAAUGAAUGGGCUAAUAACCUGAACACUGACCCUUUACCGUUAAUUGCCACUUGUCACAAGCAAUGUGUAGCGUUAAUAACAACAAGACCAUGGAAAAUGGCGGACAAAAGAAUCAAGGAUUCUAGCAUUGACCUUUUAAUAGAAGUUAGCGGAAUAAUGGAUAAAGAACAGCUAGCGAAAUUCGUUCUCAAAAGUCAUCAGACCAACAAUACCAAAUCAAACUCAGAGUUUAUGUCAUAUAUUAAAGAACACAAGUUAGAGCAUUUUCUCGAGUCUCCAUGGCUAUUGACACUGCUAGUUAGUGUGUGGCUCAACAGUCAACAUUUUAGUGGCUCGUUGUGCGAAAUGAACUGCAUUUUGCUUGAUAAUCUUUUCAGGAAAGCAGCGACACAUGAAGGUUAUUUCCGUAAUGCACAAUUUCGAUGCUUAAAUGGUACGAAAUACAUUUAUCCACGCGUCGAAAUUUUAUAUUCUCUUGCCAAACUUGCCUUUGAAUGCACGUUCUCAUCGGAAAAAUCACUUGUAUUCUGCAAAGAAACAGUAGAGUUUGUCUCAAGAACACCUGCAAUUUUCCCUUCAAGCUGGAGUCUUAUCAGAAAGGUACAUUUCUUCAUUACAAUCGCAGUUUUCAUUCCUCCAUGAGACAGUGCAGGAAUUCCUUGCUGCAUUUCAUAUCGCAAUAUCAAAUGAUAUCUCAAUAUUAAGUAUCCUUGGAAACAACAUUCGCAAAAUGUUAGAAAUCAGACAGGUAUAUAUAUACCUAUGCGGGCUUAACACUGACAAGGCAACGCAACUUUUAGACCAAGCUGUCCAUGACCUUCACGGUGCCAUGAGUCACGGAUUGAGAAUGUACGUAAAAAGGAUGUAUAACAAGAAGAAUGAAUCUCGAGUGCAGACAGACAAUAAAAACUUGAUAAAUAUUGUCACUACUAACGAUAAUGUUACUGACUACGAUUAUAGUGAUUUCGAUUCAAGCUGUUUAUCAAUAGCAAUAUUAUUCCAGAGCAUGCUCAUUGCGGGUUUUAGAGAGGCUAAAGCCAGUAAGCAAAAUGUAUCUAAUCUAGUGUGUAAUGAUUUCAUUUUUCAUGAAUACCUAAACGAUUCUGAAUCAGUCAUCUUGAAGUUAAUGUUAAUGAACAAUACAUCAUGUGUACGUUCACUUAUUUUACAUAAUUACACACUACAAGAGAAAGAGAUACUAACAAUACUUCAAAUGUCAAAGUCUUUUCUUGUGCGUUUGGUGAUACCUGGAAAUCAUGAAGUGUGUUCCGCAUUACAUGAUUUGAAAUUAACGGAGCUAGUAUUGAAAACAAACAUCAAUUUAACGGUACUCUCUGAUGUGAUGCCGUCCCUUUCCAUAUUAAAUUAUUUACAAAUCACAAAAUGCAAUUUGCACGACGAAAUCUGUGUCCCUGUAGGUUUAAAACAUUUAUCAUUGUAUUGCAUAACGUGUUCUGCUAGGUUUCUGAGCAUGUUGCUACUCCGGUUAUCGUCAUUAGUUCACCGCAUACGUUGCGACUUGCUUAGUUGCUCCGUGGAAUGUGAAGAUCACCAAACAAGUCAUGCAUAUGGUGGAACGAAUAUGGAUAUAUCCGUUCUACAAAGUAAAUUGUGUGCAUGUGACAUGUCACACGUUAAACUGCUAGUUGAAAAUGGUAGUAGGGAACUGUUUGAAUUAUUUCAUGGUACAAGUAUAGGAAAACUGACACUCCAAACGACUGCCGAUGUUUUAGAAGCCGCUGAUCUUCUACCUACACUCAUCAGUUUAGAAAAACUAUAUAUAUGGGGGACGUUUAAUGAUCGAUGUGCUAUACAGCUUCCUCCAACGUUACAAAUUCUAUCCAUGCAGGGAAUAGAAUGUUCAACAGAAUGGCUUGGUAGCGUCUUAAUCAAGCUUUCUUCAUUACUACAUCAAGUUCAAUGUGUGCUGAUUAAUGGUGCUGUGAGAACAAUUUACGAAGAAGAUGGACACGAAGUAACAAUGUCAUCUGUGCAAUGUGAAUUUUUGUCUUGUGACAUGUCACAUGUUGAACUGUAUGUUGGUAAUUGUAGUAGGGACCUGUAUGAACUAUUGCGUGGUUCAAGUAUAGGAGCCCUGACACUCCUUACGACUGAUGAUGUUUCAUUAGCCGCUGAUAUUCUACCCACACUCAACAACUUAAACAAACUAAAUAUAAGGGGGACGUUUAAUGAUAGCUGUGCUAUACAGCUUCCUCAAAAGUUACAAUUUCUGUCACUACAGAGAGUAGAAUCUUCAACUGAAUGGCUCGGAAGUUUGUUAAUCAAGCUUUCUUCAUUACAACAUCCAGUUGAAUGUCACUUGCUUGAUAUUGCUGUGAACACAAGUUACACAACAGAUGGACAAGAUACUGUGUUGUCUGUAGCGCGAAGUGAAUUGAUGUCUUGUGACAUGUCACAUGUUGGACUGGACGUUAGAAAUGGUAGUAGGGACCUGUAUGAACUAUUGCGUGGUACAAGUAUAGGGAUACUUGCACUAAGAUCGACUGACGAUGUUUCAUUAGCCGCUGAUAUUCUACACACAGUCAACAACUUAGAAAAACUAUAUAUAUGGGUGACGUUUAAGGAUCGAUGUGCUAUACAGCUUCCUCCAAAGUUACAAGUUCUGUCAAUAAAAGAAGGGGAAUGUUCAACUGAAUGGCUCGGAAGUUUGUUAAUCAAGCUUUCUUCAUUACAACAUCCAGUUGAAUGCCAAUUGCUUGAUAUUGCUUUGAACACAAUUUAUAAAGAAGAACAAGAUACUGCUUUGUCUGUUGCGCAAAGUGAAUUGUUGUCUUGUGACAUGUCACAUGUUAAACUGUAUGUUGGUAAUGGUAGUAGGGACCUGUAUGAACUAUUGCGUGAAACAAGUAUAGGAAUACUUGCACUAAGAACGACUGACGAUGUUUCAUUAGCCGCUGGUAUUCUACCCACACUCUACAACUUAGAAAAACUAUAUAUAUGUGGGACGUUGAAGGAUCGAUGUGCUAUACAGCUUCCUCCUACGUUACAAUAUCUAUCACUACAGAGAGUCGAAUGUUCAACUGAAUGGAUAGGCAGCUUGCUAAUCAAGCUUUCUUCAUUACAACACCAAGUUGAAUGUGACUUGUUUGAUAUUGCUGUGAACAAACGUUACGCAGAAGCUGAACAAGAUACUGCUUUGCCUGUUGCGCGAAGUGAAUUGUUGUCUUGUGACAUGUCACAUGUUACACUGUUUGUUAGAAAUGGUAGUAGGGUAGUGUAUGAACUAUUGCGAGGAGCCCUCACACUCGCAAUGUCUGACGAUGUUUCAUUAGCCGCUGAUACGCUCACUAAGUUGUAAUCAUAAUGCUGCUUCGCUAUUGUGUAAACUUUUCUAGGAACCCAACGUCGAUGUUGCAAACCAAAAAGCGAACACAGCACGCGUUUGUUUUUCAAUAAUCACACCACGCAUAAAAUGUAACGCAUAAGCAUUUUAGUUUUCAUGUUUCUUUCUUUACGUAAAAAAUGUUCGUUCGAUUGCAGUAUUUUAAAAUGUGUCAACCAUAUUUUAAUUACGUAUUUACAUAAAACUAUACAAUUAAAAAGAGUAAUUCGUUAUGCGUUCAAACGUUAUUGUUUAGGGCAACUAACUUAUAUUG